AAAACUCAAACCAAAACAGGGAGAGACUUCACCGCAAGAAAGCUAAACCCAACCCAAUCCCCACCCUCUCCUUUUCUCUCUCACAUUUUCCGUUCACACUUUCCAAAAUGGAGAACAAACAAGACAGUCACGAAUUCAUUUUCCGUUCAAAGCUGCCGGACAUUUACAUCCCGAACCACCUCCCUCUCCACACCUACUGCUUCGAGAACAUCUCCCAAUUCCAUGACCGUCCCUGCCUGAUCAACGGCAACACCGGCGAGACCUUCACCUAUGCCGACGUCGAGCUCACCUCCCGCAGAGUCGCCGCCGGUCUCGACAAGCUCGGCAUUCAUCAGGGCGACGUCGUCAUGCUCCUCCUCCAAAACUGCCCUGAAUUCGCCUUCGCAUUCCUCGGCGCCUCUUACGUCGGAGGCAUCAUCACUACGGCGAACCCCUUCUACACUCCUGCCGAGGUCGCCAAGCAAGCCACUGCCUCCAACGCCAAGCUGAUCAUAACUCAAGCGGCCUACGUGGACAAGGUGAAGGACUUUGCCAAACUCAACAACGUUAGACUCAUGUGCGUGGACGAGACUUCGUCGUCAUCAUCAGAGGAUGUGUUGCAUUUCUCCCAGCUGUCGUCGGCAGACGAGAGCGAAACCCCGGCGGUGAAAAUCAACCCGGACGACGUGGUGGCGCUGCCUUACUCGUCGGGGACGACGGGGCUGCCGAAAGGGGUGAUGCUGACGCACAAGGGGUUGGUGACGAGCGUGGCGCAGCAGGUCGACGGCGAAAACCCAAACCUCUACUUUCACAAGGAGGACGUGAUCCUCUGCGUGCUGCCGUUGUUCCACAUCUACUCCCUCAACUCGGUGUUCCUCUGCGGACUCCGCGUCGGAGCGACGAUCCUGAUCAUGCAGAAGUUUGAGAUCAACAAGUUGUUGGAGUUGGUGGAAAAGGAAAAGGUGACUAUAGCGCCGUUUGUGCCUCCGAUUGUUUUGAACAUCGCCAAGAGUCCGGACCUGCACCGGUACGACUUGUCGUCGAUUAGGAUGGUGAUGUCCGGCGCGGCUCCGAUGGGGAAGGAGCUCGAGGACACUGUCAGGGCUAAACUGCCCGAUGCCAAACUCGGACAGGGUUAUGGGAUGACCGAGGCUGGACCAGUUCUAUCCAUGUGCUUGGCAUUUGCAAAAGAACCCUACGAGAUAAAAUCAGGUGCGUGCGGGACCGUCGUAAGAAAUGCUGAGAUGAAGAUCAUCGACCCCGACACCAAUGAAUCCCUUCCCCGAAACCAAUCCGGAGAGAUUUGCAUCCGAGGUAGCCAAAUCAUGAAAGGAUACCUGAAUGACCCUGAGGCGACUGAGAGGACCAUAGACAAAGAAGGAUGGUUGCACACAGGUGAUAUAGGGUACAUCGAUGACGACGAUGAGAUCUUCAUCGUUGACCGUUUAAAAGAACUCAUUAAAUACAAAGGUUUCCAAGUCGCACCGGCUGAGCUCGAAGCCAUGUUGAUCUCCCAUCCCAACCUCUCCGAUGCCGCUGUUGUGCCGAUGAAGGAUGAGGCUGCAGGAGAGGUUCCCAUUGCAUUUGUUGUAAGAUCAAACGGUUCCAAGAUAUCUGAGGAUGACAUUAAGCAAUACAUAUCAAAACAGGUGGUGUUCUACAAGAGAAUAAGUAGGGUUUUCUUCACAGACAAAAUCCCAAAAGCUCCUUCUGGCAAAAUAUUGAGGAAAGACUUGAGAGCAAGGCUGGCUGCAGGUCUACCCAACUAGGCUACCAGCAACUGAAACAGUGAGAUCAGAUUAUCAAGUGUGAUGAAGAUCAAACGCCUAUACAUCAAUGUUAUUGGCUAACUUUCCAAAAUCGAGAAGGGAAAAUCAGGAUGGAAAGGAAAAGUACUCAUAAUUGUUUCUAUAAUGGGGUGAUUUUUCAAGCCUUUGUAUGUACCUAAUUUCUUCCUCUUUGAGACAAUUAAGAAAAAAGAGAGAGAAGUUGUAGGCUUUAUACAAAUUUGUUUUAUGUAUAGGGUGUUGGAUCAAUUGAAAAAUGGACUCAUAAAUGUGUGCAACUCUUAAUGUUGAGUAAUAUAUUUGUUCAAAAUA